AUGUCGCGGGGUGGGGACGGCUCGGAGGAGGACGAGAGCCAGGGCAGCCCAGUGAGUGGCCGCAUCAGUGAGUUGAGCACGGUGCUCGAUGCCCAGCGCCUACGUGGUGUUCCCCUGCAUUGGGCACUCCAACUGCGGCACUGGACGAACGUGGAAGGCCAGGUGGGUCAGGCGACCGCGGCAAAGAACUACAGCGACUUGAGUCGUCCAGUGAAGGCACUAGACGCUUUUGUAAGCCACGAUUGGGCUUCAAGCGGUUUACUGAAAGUCCUGUCGUUGCUGAUCGUCUACAACUCCGGUGCUGCAUUUUGCACGAGCCUCGUGGUCAGUAUCCUUGUGGGAGUCUUACGGGGCUUUGGCCGGCUGCCCAACGAGCACUGGACGGUGGUCUUCGGAAUUUUCUCCUUCUUCGUCGUCUUUGGUUUUUGGCAGCAGCUCCGGAGGCCCUUCCGGCGCCCGGCCAUGGUGUUCGUAGACAAGAUGUGCAUUGCACAGCAUGACGCCUCCUUGAAAAGGCACGGUAUCAUGGGAAUGCCAGCCUUCCUUCUGAACUCAGAGGAUCUCAUCAUCCUGUUCACAUCGAAUUACUGCAAGCGAUUAUGGUGUUGCUUCGAAAUGGCCACGUUCUUGAAGGAUGUGCCGAGGCAGAGGAAGAUGCUGAUCAUGCCCUUGAAGACAGCUCAACUCCUUUGCUUGGCUUCCGGGAUCUGGUUUCUGUUGGUCAUCGGCUGGAAUGUACUGUAUUACGAGUUCGUUUCUCCCGCAGGGGAAAUGAAGUCAGGCCAGAACUCGUUGAAAACAGGCAUGGUGCUCAAUGGCCUGAUUCUGCUUGUGGCUGUUGCAGCAGUUCUACCGCUCUUCUCUCUGGGCAUCGAGCUGGCCGCGGAAAUGGAUGAAGCAUUUGGGCAGAUGAUGUACAGCAUGCUGAGAAAGUGGUAUGGCCCCGAGCGAGAAGAACUGGAGUCUGACCGUAUUCAUCUCGACAAGUUUAAUCUCAAGAUCCGCAAGGGACUGGCUCCACGCGUUGCAGCGAUUGCAAGUGGGUUUGCCUUGCCCGGGAACUACACAUUGUACAUGGUCGGCGCGAGCAGUGUUCCAUACAUUGCAGACCCCAUCGCGACGUGGAUUGCUGCUUAUAGCUCUACUGGCCUUUCUGGUUAUGCUUUCUUCGUUUGGAGCUUGCGAGUGGCAACGCGGUGGGGCACAGUGGCAUUGGCCAGCAUAUUGGCGGUUCGGAUAUCCUUGCCGCUUUGGAAGCUUGGCCUCCGGAUACGUUGGAAAGGCUCGAAACAGGUCCGUUGGCUCAUCGUGCUCUGGACCUCCACGGUGGUACUGGCUUUUACCUCACUGGUUUGGGGAUCGGUUUUCUUCUCGUUGAGACAAACCGCAGACGAUCAACUGCUUCCGGUGCGCUUUCAUGGCAGUGAUGAGCAGACAGAGCACUCCGUAGUUUGUCACGAGAUCAUGCUGACCUUCACCGCAAACGCGGCGAAGGUUUGCCAUGCCGCUUGGGAGACGCAGGGCAUUCCUGUGAAGCGCUUCGGAAGCGGCGCCGCAGCAGCAAAGGUCGUCGAAAGGAUGGCCCGCUUGGUGGAGUUGACGCUCGAGGAUCUGCAGGUGGAGUUCAGGGCCCUGAACAUCCCGGCGGAGGCCCCUCAGCCUAACACGAAGCGCGACCUGCUCGCGCUGCUGGAGAAGCUGGUGAUGUGGCAGGAGAUGCCGCUGAAGGAACUCCAGAAGGAUUGCCGCGAAAUGGAGGUGUCGACGUGCAGUCUUUCGGGAGUUCGCCUGUCCGAUGCAGAGCACCGGAAGGAGCUGCUGCAGCGCUGCUGCUUAGGGCAUUACUUGGUAUCCUGGGCCGGACAAGGCUUCCCUGUCCGACGCCUUGAAACCAUGCCGGCAGCGCUACAGGUGGUAAGCAGAGUCCGGCAACUCGACGUCAUGGACGAGCCUGCGAUGAGGACGGAGUUUGCAGCGCUGGGACUUCCUCCAGAGGCUUGCAAAGACUGCACCCGAGAGGCAAUGCGGCAGUUGGAGCGGUGCAGCUGCUUCGGCAUGUUGAGUUUCGAGGGGCCCCUUGCAUUCCUGCAGUUCUGUAGGAAUCAGGAGUGCAAUGUUUAUGUUCCUGCUGAUGAUUGUGACACCGCGCAUCAUGAUAUCGUCGGCGCAGCAGGAAUCACCUUGGUCAUCUCGUUCUCCCUCAUUACAGGUGCGUUUACGUUCAAGUGGUUCGAGAUGACCGGCACCGUCCACACAGUCAUGCAGGUGACAAUGUGUGCCGAGGGUGUCCUUUGGGCCGUGGCUGCCGGAUUCUUGACGAAGAUCAACAUGAUUGUGAACAAUGCCGCAGUGGCUGUUGGUCAGACGAUAAUCUGCUUCGGCGGCAUUUUCUUUGCCGUUUCCGGCCUUUACGAUGGUAUCCCGGGGAAAAUCAUCAGCAUCCACUAUGUCCUGGCGCCUGACACUCACGCGCUUUUUGCUGAUGCUUGCCCGUACUAUGGCAUCACAUGCGUCUCAACUGCAUGUAUAUGUGAAGGGCCGCUUUCGGUGAUGUUGCUUGGUCCCAGUUGCUUGCGUUAUAGUGCACGCUGCUGUGGUAUAGCAAGAAGAGGCCAGACCACGUGA